AUGCCAGCAAUGAGCACAACACCUACUGUGCUGGCAACAUUGAACAAGAAUGUUGAAGGUACUUAUGAUUUGAUAUUGGAAGGCUUUUCUCCAUUUGUUGAUUCAACAUCAUUACAUGUUAGAGCAGGAACGGAGUGCAAAGCAAGUGCUAUCCUUGAACUAAAAUGUGAACUCGAUCCGAUUGAAGCUGAUAUCGAUGCUAAUCGAGAAGAAUUAGUACGUCUUGAUAAACAGCUUGCAUGGCUUGAUGGACGAGCAUUGAAACUCAUGAGUCAAGAUGGACAAAUCAGUGAUCUGGAUCCAUUACACGAGUUUAUGGAUUUUUAUCAUACAUCUCUACAAAAGUUGGAUGAACGAAAAAGCAAUGAAGGAAAUGAAAUCAAAAGAUUAAUACAACGACUAGAUAGAUUAGAAGAAAAAGUUACUGAAUCAGAUUUUGAUGUUUUAAUACAUGGUCGAAAUGAACAUCGAGAAAUGAUUAUUACAGUACAUAUAGAUCGUAGUAAUAUUGAUGUUAAUUUAGAAGUAUCCUAUUUUAUAAGUAAUUGUUCAUGUAGUGCUAGCUAUGAUAACACACCCAACGUAUUUAUAACGUCGCAAGAACAAGUAUCUACCGAUUCGAAUAAAGUCCUUGCCGAAGAUGAACUAGAUACGCCAAAUAUAAUUUAUGCUUCAUCAACUUCAACUGAAACAAGUAUGUUAAGUGUAACUUUUACUAUUCCGAGACGAACAACUAUCCAUACCGAUGGCACGCCACAUCGUGUAACAAUUGGUGUUCUUGAUUUUAAUUCAAAAUUUAUUUAUACAAUUAUACCUAAACUAUGGAUUCAUGCAUAUCUCAAUGUAUCAACGAUAAAUACAUCUAACAAACAGCUCGUUGCUGGACCCGCAGCAAGUUUUAUGAAUAACCAUUUUGUUACUCAUAGCUCCAUUGGUAUUAUCUGUAUCGAUGGUAAAUUCGAUCUUCCACUAGGUACUGAUGCAGGUAUUAAAGUAGACUGUCAACCAGUGAAGACAAUUAUCGAUACACAAGGUCUUAUUUCAAAAACAUAUUUUGAAAAUAUUCGUCGUGAAAUACGUCUUUUCAAUACAAAACCAAUCGAAGUAAUUGUUUGUGUUUAUGAUCGAAUAUCACUUUCAUUAGAUGAAAGAAUUAAAGUAAAACUAGUUGUACCUGAUUUACGAAUGAAAGAGCCAAUUCCAAGUUAUUAUGUGACACUGAAUGACGCGGAUAAUCUUCAUUGGAAAUGUUUAGUACAAACUGGCAGUGAAUGCCAAUUGUCACUCGAAGAUACAUUAGAAUGGUCAACAGACAAAUGUAUUGAACUUCGAGAAGAAUCGGAAUAA